AUGCUGCUAAUUGUAUCAAAGUGCUUCUCUCCAAGCACUUCCCGCCGAAGUUCCAGUGCUUCACUAUUCAUAGAUUCAACCGCCCCCGACGGACAUCACCGGGCCUGGAGACGUACGACAGGCAACUCGGCUACAUAG